AUGGGGUCAAAGUUUAAUGUGCCAAAAAAACAAACAGUACGUGAACAAAUUGAGAUUUUAAUAAUAAACAUUCGAAUAAUUCCAGGUUUCCACGGCGAAGAUGUUUCGCGAACAAAUAACCAACUCAAUCGCGGGAAUCAGGUUCAUUUUUUAAGGGUCGAGUCUGAUUGUGAGAUAAAAAUCGAUUUUUUAGAAACAAAAUGUUAAGCCCCUCACCCCAAUUCUGGGUACUCAUUCUCUGUUUGUUCUUAGAAUCAAUUUCAAUCCAAACCUUGUAACCCAUCUCGAAGCUAUGGCAACGGCUCGUCCCCGGUUGUUUUUAAGCGGCUCAUAUCCAUGAUUCGAAUUUGAAUAUAUAAUCGCUUUUCACAAACCCCACCAAAGAAUCUGGAGCUGUGGGUAAAAAUUUCGCCCACCUCGAAUUCCACGUAUUGGGUUACGUUUGUAUGUUUCAUUUUUUUCAAUGUUUCAUUUGGUUAAGCUGUUUUUUCCGUGGGAGGUUAGACCGUUUUCUUUUUCACGUACAUUGUAUAAUUUCUGUUUUUGAACAUUUGUGAAUAAUACUCACAUUGCUUCUCUAAUUUGUCUAGCUGUUUUUUUUUCCAAAAAAUCAUUCAUGUACCCCGCGAUUUUCUGUUAAAUGGAAAGUUGUCGUCAUAUUAAAUGUUUCUUCUGCAUCAGUGUGUUAUUGCUUAUAAUAAACAUUUCCUAAUAUUUUCAGUCCACCCGACGAUCGUAGUAAUCUGGAUAAUGCUGAAUUCCUGAAAUAUGAUGAACCUAUACCGUCUAGUUAUAUAAAAGUAGAGGAUUCAUUCGAUGUUUCACGAAGAGAUUUUAAUCAAGCGAAUUCACAAGUGGAAAUGGUGCUGAAGAAAGAAAAAUCGAAUGGAAUUACAAAUCCAACACAGUUUAGAGGUUUCGGACGACAACAAGAUAUUCCAUCGACAUCUUCUGAAACGAGAAAUCAAAAUCGAGAAGAUAACUUCGAACCAGGUUUAGGAGAUGUAAGUUCUAACAACUAUUUUUUUCUCAAAUUGGAAAAUAUGAUAAUAAAACAUUUCUAGCAUGUCGAUAUGAUUCGUCAAAUUUGUAUGGGAGGAGAACAAGGAGGAGGAAGACGGCGACGAUUUGAUCAAUUGAUGGAUAAUGAUAGACAGUUCAAGGGAACACCAAGAUUCAUUUCGAAAAUUAACAAGCCUCGAGAAAUCACAGAAAAGGAUCGAAAUAAUUUCAACAAAAAUAUCAAAAAUUUCAAGGAAUCAAUGAGAAAGAGAGCAGAAGAUCCCGAUUAUUUUCAAAAAAUGGUGAGUUUUAAAAUCGAUAUUUAGAUCAAAAUGAUUGUUUUUAGGCUGAAGAACAUCCGAUUCUCAAAGAAGUAUUGGAAAAUCGGAAUAAGAUACGUGAAAUGGAAGAAGGGGAUCCAUCUGUGUAAGAUUACUUUUCAUCUAAUUGUAAAUAUAUUUUUUAUUUUCCAUAAAAUUUUAGAACAUUGAUGUUGGAACAUGAUAAAAAAGUAACGACUCGAGAAACUAUCAAAUAUUUCGAUGAAUCCAGUAAGUUUCGGAAAAUAUUUUUUCUAAUUUCGCUAUGAUUUUCAGAGGGCGGUUUUAUUAUAAUAUCAGACACCAGAACUCUCAAAGAACAGAAAGAAAUUGAUGAUUCGAAUCGAAAAAUCCUGGAUUUCGUUUAUAAUUCUCCAAACAGAGAUCAUGAAACUGAAUAUGAAAAAAGAUUGUUCCGAAGUGCUAUAGAAGAAACUGAUUGUUUAUUGCAAAAAGCUGAAUGGCAGUCUAUUCGACCAGAUAGUUUUUCAAUAAUAACAGACUUUUCAAUAUAUAAUAAAUCGAGUUUUCCAAUGCCAUUUUUGAGUCGAAUUCGUCAAAAUCAACCUGAUCUAAUGUUACGCCCUGCUAUAAUUGGUAAUGAGAGAAAUUGAAACUUCAUUUGCUAUACUUUAAUUUUUUCAGAUGGUGUCUCAAUACAACACAUUUUUCAACCUCAAAAAUUCCGGCCAUUCUACUUUUGUAAAGAUUCUGCAGAAAAAAUAUAUGAUGCGAAAUGUGUUUUGAACAUCAGACCAAUUUUCGAAGUCAUUCUUCAUUUUCUUCUCCGUGGACAUAAAGUAACUGUAUACUAUCCGAAUUAUUAUAGAAAAUAUGUUACGCCUGGUGGAUUAUCAAAAGUUGAUGAUAUUGUUGCAUUCAAAACUAUUAUUGAUUGUGGUUUGGUUGAAUUUUGUGAUAGUCAAAGUGGAAUUGGUUAUAAAUGGUUUAGUCAUCUUGCAGAUAUUGUUGAUAAAGUAAGUUUGAUUUUUUUAUCGCGAAAGUGAAAAAUUUAUGAUUCUUUUUUGAAGAAGAAAGCUGUUUUCAUAUCUUCAACUGAUUAUGAUCCAAAUCGGAGUAAUGGAAUUUAUUCAUACAAAAAGGAAUCUGAACGGGUUUUACAGCCAACAUUUCUGAAACUAAAUGAUAUUGUAAUGGUGAGUUUUAAAAAAAUCAAGAAUAUUUUCAAACAACUAUAUUUUUCGUAGUUAUUUGAUGCUUCAAUUCGAUAUCGUGUUAGUCCAACAGCAUUUGAAACAAUAAGUUCUGACGAAACACUUUAUUAUCCAGCAAAUAAUACUGAUCAACUUUUGAUUUUUUGCGAACAAUUAUAUGUUGAGAAGCAAUUCAAACAGGUAACUAUAUUUAUUUAGAGAAUCAAACGACACUCCGCUUGUUUACGCGCCAAAUAUUGGCAUCUAUUUUUGUGUUUCAAUUUUUAUUUUAGAUUUGCAAACUGUGCCAAUUAUAUCCACUCAAUCCAGCACAACAAUGGCCGAUUAAACGAAUUUUGUAUAUUUUAUUCAGAACCUGUGAAUCUUUAGAAAUUCCAUUCAUGACAGACUAUUUGCAUGAUAAUAAUUCGGGGUAA